GGCGUCGAGAUUUCCGACGAAAGAAGACAAAUGGAGGAAAAAUAAACAGUGUAAGAUGGAAAAUUUCCAAAAAAUCGAGAAAAUUGGCGAAGGGACAUAUGGUGUAGUAUACAAAGCUCGUGAUAAGACGACAGGUCGCCUGGUAGCCCUGAAGAAGAUUCGGCUCGAUGCUGAAUCAGAGGGAGUUCCAAGCACAGCCAUUCGUGAAAUCUCACUUUUGAAAGAGUUGGACCAUCAGAGUGUCGUCAGACUUCUAGAUGUGGUUCACAGUGAAAAGAAGUUGUACCUGGUGUUUGAAUACCUCAACCAGGAUCUGAAGAAGUACAUGGACAGCUGUCCUCCUUCAGGGCUGCCUUCCUCCCUAAUUAAGAGUUACCUACACCAGCUGUUGAAAGGAGUUGCCUACUGUCAUUCCCAUCGAGUACUUCACCGUGACCUGAAACCACAGAAUCUUUUAAUAGAUGUUGAAGGCAAUAUCAAGCUGGCAGACUUUGGACUGGCUAGAGCAUUUGGUGUGCCAGUACGAACAUACACACACGAGGUAGUUACACUUUGGUACAGAGCACCAGAGAUACUGUUAGGCAGUCGAUUUUACUCUACACCAGUUGACGUAUGGAGUCUGGGAGGAAUAUUUGCUGAAAUGAUAACCAGACGUCCAUUGUUCCCUGGAGACUCCGAGAUUGACCAAUUAUUCCGGAUAUUCCGUACCUUAGGUACUCCAGAUGAAAACACUUGGCCAGGAGUUUCACAGAUGCCAGACUACAAGUCCACCUUUCCCAAGUGGCCACAACAGUGCGUGUCAAAUGCUGUCCCAAACCUCCUUGGGGAUGGACUGGAACUGCUGCAGUUGAUGCUGAAAUAUGAACCAAGCCAGAGAAUUUCUGCCAAAUCGGCUCUUUUACAUCCAUACUUCAGUGGAGUAUGCAAACAAAGGCCGCCUCAGAUUCUCAAGUAGAUGUCUUCCAAUCGUAUGGACAUUUCACAGUGUUCAAAAAUCACAGUUACUGGCUAAAACUUUCAUGCUUGUGCAAUACUUGUGCUUGUUUUAGCUUGGAUCUGAUAAAAGGAUUAAUGUUUAAAUGAUGUAGACAAUUGAAACAUUUUAAGCGAUUUAGCUACCAUAGUUAAUUUUAUGAAAUAUACUCGAGAACAUUGUCGGUAAAUCAUGUUACUGAAGUUAACUAUAUACCAUUCUCAUUGACUUAAUUCAUAGUGCCUUGAUAAUUUUGAGAAAAUGAUGCAAUUCUCAUGUUAAAGUUUUGUUCAUACAUUGAAAAGGAAACCCUAGUGUUCAUCAUGGUUCAUUUAAAGAAAUAUUUAAUAUUCGAUUCAACUUUUCCAAAUGAUCUGAAAUUAGUUUUACAUUUGUCUAUACCGAUCUUUAUUUCGAAGUAAAUCAGAGCAUAAGAUUAUAUUUUUAAUGGAAAGGUUUUAUUGAUGGUAAAAUAGAAAUUUUAAACAGUUUUAUGCACUGUACUAGAAAUUAAGAUACUGACAUCUUCACUUGUCUGUUUGUUGAUUUGUUGUGUA